GGAUAGACCGACAGUCAGCAAGUCAAGUCGAGUCUUCCGCUCGUUUGAAGACAGCGGAGGCCUGCCUUUAUUAUUUCGACAUCAUCUCAGUCGCGCUAAAGACUAUCCUUCUUCAUUGCUCGCUCCUACUGCCGCAAAAUUCUUUCGUUGCCUUCAAUUUCAGUGAAACUGUUCGAAUGCACAGAAUUGGUUCCCGUGUCAAUCCGCAAAUGGCGUCGCCGAUGGCGUGCCUGGCGCCGACCGACCCCCGGAAACUCUUUCGGAUCGGCUUGGUCUUGUUCGAUAUUAGUUCUCCGGAUCGGGCGGUAGCCGCAAUUUCAAACCCAGUUUCCAACUGUAUCAUUACGAGUCUCGUCGUCUUGAACCCAGACGACAGCCAUCCGAGCAACGGAGAUGAAACGAAUAGAGCCACUGAUCCGGAAGUGCCGUUGCCAGAGCGAGAAAGCGAAUCGAAAGCUUGGCUGGAACGGUGCAAUAUUGUAAACGGUGAUUCGGUCGCGUUGGAGUACGGGUCGGAAGGCUUUCAGCACGUACUGGACAGCGAUAUUCACGCCUUGUAUAUCAUUGUGCCUACGGACCAACAAAGGGAAUACGUGCUACCCGCCAUCAAGGCAGGCAAGCACGUAUUGUUGAAUGACCCGGAAUCCACGUCUUACGACGAUUUCUUCGAGCAGUUGAACGAUGCACGGCAAAACAAUAAGCUUGUACAGUUCUCGACUAUGUUUGUUCAUCAUCAUCGGGUCAAGACCUUUCUCGAUUGUGUAUUGUACGAAAAAUUCGGCAAAAUUGAAACGAUCAAUGCUAUGCUCAGCGUCAAUUACAGUGAUUUGCACAAGGUUGGCGUAACUCUCCCCCUAGAAGCUGGUCAGGGCUGUAUCCGUCGUCUGGGACGGUUCUGCGUCCUGAUUUCGGCGCUCAUGUUGACUAGACUCGGUUCUCGGCCCGUCUCCGCCCGGGUCAAGGCCAUUGAAUACUCCGAAGCCGGUCAGCCGGUCUCGGCAGAUUGUGCCGUGCACUUUACCGAGAAUCGAAUAUUGAAUUUCCACGUGUCGUACGAUGCCAACUCUCCGACUCGACAAGUCCUGGAAGUCCGUUCCCGGGAUCGGUACGCCACCAUGACGGACUUUGUCAUCCCCCAUCCUGAUGGACUGGCAACUUACCGUAUCUAUGACAAGGAAAUGAACAAAAUGACCGGGAAACUCGAAGUGGUACGGGGCGAAGCGUUGGAUGUACCAUCAGGGCCGCCUCAAGACGUUAUGAUGUGGCGGAGAUUUUGUGAUCUUUGUCGGAAUAUCGAUAGUUUAGGAUGGCAGAACAACCCGGCCACAGCGGGAGCGCGGGAACUUGCCAACGUUGCUCUGCAAACCAAGCGUAUUCUGAGUACCCUUGAAACUUGUUUGCAGCAUGGCGUUUCCCAUAAGGACAGCGUGCCCGUACACGCGUGUUCUGUAGAAUAGUAUUUUUGUUUCGUCA